CAAGAGUUUAUACCAGCUCGCUCUCCAGUCUCUACUCUAGUUUGUUUACAAAAGUGGUGGUGUCAGCUGCGGACAUUGGCACGCUUAUUUAGUAAAAUUUUUGCCGAUUUGUAGCUGUAAAGCAGAAACCAAGAUGAGUGCAUCUGAUAGUGACAGUGAAACCUAUGGACCACCUUUACGACCUAGUAUGAAGACUGGCUCAGUGGAAAAGAACAGAGCCGAGGUAAAAUCCCAAUCAAAUGAUGAAAGUAUGGAUGAAGAUAGUUUCCUGCCCGCUUUACCUCCACAUUUAUUAGGUAAAAUAGGAGUGGGCAGCAACAACCAAAGUGCUAGUCUAAAUGAGAAAAGAUUAUCACCAAAUCUUCAGAAACAGAACCUACAAAGAAUAAGUGAUCAUUCUCCCAACAAAGCAGUAAAACAUGAUCUGACACAGAAACAAGACUCCGAGUCUGAUGAUGAUGAUGAUGAUGAAGAUGAUAUGUACGGACCAGCUUUACCUCCACAUUUGUUAAAUAAAAACCAAGAAAAACGUUCAGCACAGGACAACAGACGCAUUGUGGGGCCAACACUUCCCAAAGGUUUUGUUCCUCCUAAAGUGCCUUAUAGAGAGAAUGAUAAGGAAGAAAACAGUGACAGUGAAGACAACAAUGAUGGAUCUGUGAUAGGGCCAGUGCCACCCACUGAGGAAUUUAAUGAGGAAGAAUACAGAGUCAGACAAUUUGAACUCAGGGCACAGAGAAUGAAAGACAGACUGGAAGGAAAAAAUAUAGACAAUAAAACCCUAGUACGUGAAUCAUGGAUGACAGAAUUACCUGAAGACAAACCAAAUUUCUGUGGUCUGAGUGCUCGUCAGUUUUUGCGUAAGACUCCACAAGCAAAAGGGGAUCGCUCGGGGUGGACUGAUACUCCUGCUGAUAAAGCAAGAAAAUCAGAAAUGGGUGUAGAAGGACAACAGGAACUGACCCCUGAGCUUAUUGCAAGCAGUAAGCGUGAUAUAGAACUUUCUGAAAAAGUGAACGAGUACAACAAAAGUAAAAGAGCAAAGCCACUUAUAGAUUUACACCAGAAGAAAAUGAAGGAAACACAAGAUGCAUCUGGACCAAAGGAGAGACGUCCCUUCAGUCGAGACGACGACCUACACGUGAAUAAAUUUGAUGAUGCCCAAAAAAGCAACAUCUUAAAGAAGGCCCGGAAGCUUAAUGACAGAUUUUCUUCUGGAGACAGAAAAUUUUUGUAAUUUUGUUUGUCCUUACCAUUUACUGGUGGCAAUUUAUAAUUAUUAAAUGUGCCCAUCGUUUUUUUGGUAAAAAUUACUAUAUUAAAACAUGUCUUUCUGUUUGCCUCAUAAACUGAAGAAUUGUUUUAAGUUGUGCUUUACUUCUUAUUGUUAGAUUUAAAAUAGAUAUGACAAUUUAUAAUUUAUUAAACAAAAUCGAAUUUAAAAUGCUAAAAUAUAUAUGGUUUGAUUGCAUGAUAAUGAAGGUAUUCUUGCUCCCCCAAUGUCAGCUCAUUUCAUGCUGUAAAUUUUUUUAUAUAUUAUUCCUUGCAUAAGAAAUUACACAAUAGCAACUUGAUUCCUAUAAUUACUUACAAUGUACUGCUAUGAGUGAUACAGUACUAUAUCAUUAUUACCAUAAUGAUAACCUUAAGAUAACCAGUGCCAGAAAUGCCAGUGUCCUUCACAGUACAGUACAGUACAUUAUUUUUACCAUUGCAUACAUGAAUGUGAGUAUUUUUUGACUGCAUAACAUAUAUUGCAGAUUAUUCAUAUCCCUUUCAUCAUAUUUAAUUAAUGUUUCAUCAAAGUAUGCUUGUUAAUAAUAUAAUUCACAGGUGUCAUCACUAACAAAAUCCUGUGCCACUAAUAGCGACAUAAUCAAAAUAAGACACAUUACACAAUCUUCGCCAUUUCCUCAUACAAGAGCUAUUUGCAGUAGGUGGUGCUGCUGUGAUCGCACCAACACCCCUGCUCUCAGCAGGACCAACAAUUUUAGCAAAAUCAAGACUAUAACACUAGUAUCAUAUUCUCUCAUGAGAAUGUAUAGAUUGUGGUUGCAAAACUUGCUCCUUUCACCAGCACUGUGGCUAGCAACAAAAUCAUGAUCACUUAAUAACUAAGAAUGAAUUAUGAGAAUGAGCCAUCAGUAAUAGGGGUAAUGGACACCUUUCUCCAGACACCCACAGGCCUAUAGAAAUCAGGAUCUCUGUAGUACAAUUGGGUUUGUUUUCGACUCGCAAUUGGGAAUCGUGGGUGGGACAGAAAUGGUUGGGUAUUUUUCUUAUUACCUAAUGCCUCUGUUCACCUAGCAGUUAAUAGGUACCUAGGAGUUAGCUUGUUGUGGGGUUGCAUCCAAGGGAGGGUCGGUAGUUGACCAUGGGGGUACUUUAAUAUUAUCCUAAUGUACAUAUGUACACAGGCUGUCACUGACAAAAUGAAUUAUCUGGUACAGUUAGCCACGUGCCUUCCAAACCCCCUCGGAACUGACUGAACGGAUAACCUGUUGUGUUCGGAUAAGUGGUACAUCAUCCUGAAAAGCUACGGGAAAAAACUGACAAUUUUGUUGCAGAAAUUUGAGUAUUUUGUUUAUCAUCACCAGUAUAAGUUCUGAUCCACUUCUUAACUUAAAGAUUAUAGUUGAUGGAGCAUUGUUAUUUAGAUAGAAAAGGUGGUGGUGGAUGAUGAUAAUGUUGAGUUGAUUAGUGGAGAUUAAUGGUGAUGAGGUAACCUCAGCAGACUGCCUUUCACCAUGUACUCUAAUGUACCUAAUGCUAUGGCAGAGUUUAAAGCUUCUGAACCAUCCAUUAGUGUAUAAACAGUGCUCAAUUGGCACUGUGUAUGGUCACUGGACAAACUAGUUCCAUCUUUACUGCACAUCUUUAUUCAGAAUGCCCGCCCCACCAGUUAUCCAAGCUUUUUAUCCGAACUAGCCCAAAUUAGAUAACAGGCAUUUUUUGGGAAAAAGGUGUUUGUAAAGCACUUGACAGACUGUAUGUCAGAUAUAGUGGUUAAUAAUAAACUCUGGAUGAGUAAAGUUGGGCAACAGUAUGCCCAACUACUUCUUAUGGACAGUGAGGCACAAGGCUUAAAACACACAAAUGUACCUCCAUCUCAAAAUAAAUUGUAACAUGAAAGGUAUCUAAUGGAAACCUGUUAGAAUAAUUAAUGUUUUAAUAUUUAUUCUAUGAUUUAGUGCAUAAUUCUUAAGAAAAUCAGUUACUUUUCUAUCAUCAAAUUUUAGUUGCUGUGAGAGAAAGCUUGAAUGGUUCCCAAGCCAUAAAUCAUCACUCAGAAGCAAAUUAAUUUCAUACCAUAACAGUAUAGUUACCAAGGAAUAAUUCGGUGAAUGCAGUUAGUUCUUAGUCUCCGGACAUGAGAAACGACAAAGAAAAUGUCACAAAACAAUACAAAAACAACUGAAGAAUGUUGGCAUAUGAGUGCUGCUGCCAUGUCUCAAUACUCAAUGACUCCUGAGGAAUGAUCCACCAGAAAUAGAGGAAACAGGCACCUCUCUCCAGACACUCGCAGAGCCUAUUAACCCAGAAGCCAGCUACUUAAUAUUACCUUAUGCUAGUGUUUUACCAGUAGUAUGGAAAGAAGGGGAUGUAGAAUAUAGCCGAAAACAUGGUUUUACUAGCUAAAUUCCCUUACAAAUGGGUAAUGUCUUGCCAUCUGUUGACAAGCGUCAGGGUGUAUUGACACUUGGAUGUGCGACAAAAUUCCAACCAAUUUUUUUUAUUUAAAUAUAGUUUACCUGAGAGCCACUAACACUAGUGGCCUCGACAAGGACAGGAAGUUGGCGGCUUGUCGAAGGUCCCCCAUUUGCCUUUAUGAUCUUUUUCAAUUGUACUUUAAAAGUUAUGAGAGUUUUGGCAUUUACAGCUUCGGCGGGUAGGCUGUUCCAUGGAUUUAUAUCUACAAUACCCAAUAUCAAUGGGUAUUGCAUAUAUAGUAUCUAUUCCAGUAUCACUGAAUAUAACAU